AUGCUCGGCGAGUACCUCACCGCGCUGCUCGUCGCGGUGCUGGGGUACGUCUACCCCGUGUACCUGUGCUUCAAGGCCCUGGAGAAGCACCGGAGAAAGCCCGAGGCGCUCAGGAGCUGGUGCGUGUACUGGCUCGUCCUCGCGGUGUACACCGUGCUCGUCCAGAUCUGCGACCGGUUCGUGUUUUGGCUCCCGAUGUACUGCGAGGCGAAGGUCGCGUUCGUGACGUACUUGUGGCACCCUCGGACGCAAGGGGCGAUCUACAUCUACGAGACGUUCGUGUCCCCGUUCCUCGCGAAGCACGAGGGCGAGAUCGACCGAAGGAUAGAGGAGACGAGGAGCUCGGUGGGGGACGUCGCCGCGCGGCACGUCGGCGCGGCGAGCGACUUCGUCAAGGCGAAGUUCGCCGCGCUUCUCGCCGCGCUUCCUCAGGCGGUGCCGAACAAGGGCGGGUCGUCGGGGUACGUCCCGAGGAACGCGACGGAGGCGGCGGCGAUGGCGUACACGCGCGCGCCGCCGAAGAGGGAUUAG